CCUUGCUCCUGUGUUUGUGCAGCUGGAUCGCACAGAGAGGAUCAAGAACUGCCAAGACCCUGAAUUCUCCAAGAAACUGGUGGUGGAUUACUACUUUGAGAAAGUGCAGAAGCUGAAAUUUGAAGUGUAUGACAUCGAUAACAAGUCCUUCGAUUUGAACGAUGAUGACUACCUGGGAGGGAUUGAGUGCACGCUGGGACAGGUUGUGUCCAGCUCGGUGUUCACCCGACCACUGGAACUGAAGCAGGGAAAGCCAGCAGGAAAGGGCACUAUUAUGAUUACAGCAGAGGAGAUUAAAGACACCAGGGUUGUGUACUUGGAAAUUGAAGCCCAAAACUUGGACAAAAAGGACUUCUUAGGUAAAUCAGAUCCCUUUCUGGAGUUCUACAAGCAGACUGAUGCUGGAACGUGGCAGCUCGUGUACAGAUCAGAGGUGAUCAAGAACAACUUAAAUCCCUGCUGGAGGAAGUUCAGUGUCCCCUUGCAGACGUUCUGUGGUGGUGAUUUUAAUAAGCCUAUCAAGGUCCAGUGUGCAGAUUAUGACAGUGAUGGUUCUCAUGACCUGAUCGGCACAUUGGAGACGACGCUGGCGCAGAUGCAGACAGCUGCUGCUGCCUCUCCGGUGGAACUUGAGUGCAUUCAUCCUGAGAAAAAACAAAAGAAAAAGAGCUACAAAAACUCUGGCAUUAUUAGGAUAAAAUCCUGCAAGAUUGAGACUGAGUAUUCAUUUCUGGACUACGUGAUGGGAGGCUGCCAGAUUAACUUCACGGUGGGUGUAGACUUCACUGGCUCCAAUGGAGAUCCAAACUCACCAGAUUCUCUUCACUACAUCAGCCCAGAUGGGAUCAAUGAGUACCUGACUGCCAUCUGGAGCGUGGGAAGUGUAGUCCAGGAUUAUGACACGGACAAGCUGUUUCCUGCCUUUGGGUUUGGAGCUCAGGUUCCUCCUAGCUGGCAGGUAUCUCAUGAGUUUGCUUUGAACUUCAACCCCAGCAACCCUUAUUGCCAAGGGAUCCAAGGAAUAGUGGAUGCCUACCGCCAGAUCCUGCCUCAGAUCCGGCUCUAUGGACCAACCAACUUCUCUCCUAUUAUAAACCACGUGGCAAGGUUUGCAGCACACUCAGCACAGCAGGGAACUGCUGCACAAUAUUUUAUCUUGCUGAUCAUCACAGAUGGAGAAAUCACUGAUCUGGACCAAACCAGGCAAGCAAUUGUUAAUGCCUCGAAGCUGCCCAUGUCCAUCAUCAUCAUCGGCGUCGGUGAGGCUGAUUUCAAAGCAAUGGAGUUCCUUGAUGGGGACAGUGGUGUGCUGAGGUCUGUGACAGGAGAGCCAGCUGCACGGGACAUCGUCCAGUUUGUGCCUUUCAGGCAAUUUAAAAAUGCUCCUCAGGAAGCUCUUUCCCGGACAGUCCUGGCUGAAGUACCCAAGCAGCUGGUGUCGUACUACAAGUGGCAGGGGUGGCCCCCGCUGAGACCACCCGAAUUCAAGGCCAUGUAG